AUGGCCGAAAUCGCUGCUGGAGCUGUCGUUGCUGAACAGGUCGUGUCAACCACUAUUGAAGGCGGCGCUGUCGCUGGGUAUGCUAUUGCCAAGAAGACGUUGCCGCUGAAGGCUACCUUCACGCGCAUAGCCGUGUCCGAUCUGAUCCGCCGCCACUCUCACACUGUCAGUGUGGUAAAAGGAAAAGCGUACAUCUUCGGCGGCUUUACUCCCGAUGGCACCCUUGCUGGCAACGAAUUCCACCAGUUGACCUUGUCUUCCAAGGAGAAGACCGAUUACAAGUGUAUCCCAGCCCUGCCUGAGGAUGAUGCUUCUUCUGUUCCCCCACCUCGUGCAGGCCAUUCUGCUUCAGUGUUCGGGAAGAACAUCAUCAUCUACGGUGGACUUGAUGAGGCAGGAAACUCGGUGGAGGAUGGCUCCAAGCUAUGGUCCUUCAACACCGACACUCUCAAGUGGACUCUCCGAACCUCACAAGGCCCCAAGGACUGCCAGUUCUACCAUGGAUCUAUUGUUCAUGGCAACAACCUCCUACUCUAUGGAGGUUACAGCAGGCCAGCUGGCACAAAUGACUUACGUUCUCUCCCAAGCCUCAGCUCAGUUGACGUCACAACUGGUGUCUGGCAGGCUUACGAGGACCAGGCAUUAUCGCCUGUUGGUACGCCUGCGGGCCUUGCAUUCUCUCAAGAUAAGGUCUUCACCGUCGGCAUCGAUUCGAAGUUCCAGGCUCCAGUCCACUACUACGAUCUCCAAGCCGCCACCACCGAUGCUCGUUGGGAUACCAUCCCUGUACCUUCAAACCCUCUCGUUCCUGGUCCUGACACCUCUAGAGACGGCGCUGGUGUGAUCACUAUCUCAACUGGACAGGGACGCAAAUACCUGCUUUACCUGUUCGGUCAGAAGCACGGUGAUGGCCAGCCCACUAGCUUCCCGCCCAAAUCCCAGGAGUUAUUCAGCGAUGCCUGGACCUUCCAGCUUCCUUCCACCAACACUUCUCUUGCGAGUGCCAAGGAUGCAGCGAGGCUCAAGCUUGGGAUGGACUCUGGUGAGGAUAGUUGGGCCGAGGUUGAGCUGAAGCUGCAUAAAGAGGAGUUCGCACAUGAGGGUAAGGUCCAUCCCGGGCCCAGGUCAUUCUUCGCAGCCUCGAAUUUCGAUGAUAAAUCAGUGAUUCUAUGGGGUGGCCUGAACCCUAAGCAAGAAGUUGAGGGUGAUGGCUGGAUCAUCAAGAUGGAGUGA